UUCGCGGAAAAAAAAGUCGCCGAGAACCGAACUCGAGCUCGACUACGAAGUUCUGAUUAAGCGAGAUUAAUCUUCGAUAUGGAGAAGCAUCAACUUGAAGAACGAUUUAAAGGAAUCCUUUGCUCUGCUGGAAGCAAUUCGAAGGGUAAAUGGAGCCAAGUUAAGCACUCGAGUGUUGACAAUUCGAUGCCAGGAUGGAAAGAUGGCAAACUUCACAUUGCAGAGUCCCAUACAUCCACAUUUGUGCUGGUUGUGGAGUACAGGAAUGCAGCCAUGAAAACAUUCCCGUUGAAUGUGAAGAGUACAACGUACAUACCCAGUAACAAGAACCGUGCAGUGAUUUCACUCAAGGAAGGUACAUUAGUGAAUAUCAUGCAAGCAUCUGCCUCUGCCUUAGAGAAGAUGAUGGAUACUAUCAAUGCUUUAGGCAAAAAAGGCAAGGCCGGUGGGAAUGCCUCUCAGUCAUGCAGUGUAUCUCAGAUUGACAAGACAUCUCCACCUUGGGUUAAGACUCUGAUUUCUCCUCAGAAGACCAAAACCUCUCGAGAGCAAGCUUUGACACCAAGUCAGAUUAGGUCUCGUGAUCGGGAGGAAUUCACGAGUGUGAGGACACCAACUUCAAUUCAGAAGCCUUUUUCCCCAUGGAAAACCAGCAAACGCAAGACCCCUGAUGAUGAGAUUCCAGAAGAAGCUGAUGGAGAUGAUGCUGAAAAUUUAGGAGUGUCGAUGCUUUUCUCCGAUCAGACGGAUAAGGAGAAUAGAUACACACCUAGCAGAGGAGACAGACAGGGUGUGCUGCAGAAGAGAAUCAAAUCUGGUAACUCUAUAUUCCUGGAUUCAUUUGAGGAGAAGCAAAAAGGAAUGGGUGAAAACAAGAGAAAGGGUCCCAACACAUCCAUGGCUGUAUCUCAUAACUUCUACUCCCGAGGCAGACAAAUGUCAAGCUAUGGAGCAAGUGACCUCAUCUCUAGAACUCCGUGUGUAAGCAGCUCCCAGUCUGAAGAGUCAAACAAGAAAUCCACACCUGGCUUUCUAGUCUCAAGGUCAACAAAAGUGCCAAGGCCAGUGUUUAGCUUGAAAACCUGGAACAAACCGAGUGGGCUGGAGUCUUCUCAAAAGAGCUUACAGGGGUUCUCUAACCUGGGAAACACCUGUUACAUGAAUGCCAUCCUGCAGUCAUUGCUUGGUUUGCAGUGCUUUAUCCAGGAUCUACAAUAUCUACCUCUCAUCAAAGCUCUGCCUAAAUCAAGUCUAUACAAGGUUCUGGCUGGGUUGAUGUACGCCAAGCAGAACAACAAGGGAAGCACUGAUAUUGAGCAUCGCCUUCAGAGCGUCAAAGCUGCCAUCUCAGCAACAGCUACUAGAUUUUCAGGCUUCAUGCAACAUGAUGCUCAUGAGUUUCUGUGUCAGUGCCUUGAUCAGCUAAAAGAAGAUGUAGAGAAGGUGAAUAACCCAAAGCCAGACAAAGAAGUCCCCUCCAAAGAAGUACAGGAGGCUGUCUCCCCUCCCAGUCAAGUGGUACCUUCCAAUCAGUCAGAGGACAAAGCCAAGUUUGCAUGUGCUGUCAGUCAGAACUUUGAACUGGAAGUGGAGCAUUCCAUUCUGUGUCAGGAGUGUGGAGAGGAGGUCAGUAAGAAAGAGACAUUUAAUGAUCUCUCACUUGACCUGCCACGAACGAAUGAAGCCUUUUCUCUGCAGACAGCUCUCGAUAGUUUCUGUGCAUCUGAGAAACUGGACUACGCAUGUGCAAAAUGUGACUGCAAAGAAGCCACUGUGUGUCACAAAUUCACCAAACUUCCAAGGGUUCUCAUCCUUCAUCUGAAACGCUACACAUAUGACUCAGAUGCUUCCGUAGACGGCAAGCUUAGGCUGAGUGUAGUCAUCCCACGCUAUCUAACAUUAGCCUUUCAUACCACCGAGAACACAGCUCCACCACCCCGAGGUCUAACCACACACCAGCUAUUCAUGGCCAUGGGCGACAAUCCCCAGGAGGUAGUUGUCUGGGGGAGUCCCUUGUCUCCACUCCGUGAUAACAUCGGGACAUCGUUCAACCAUAGCAGUCCUGAUGAGAAAGGAGAUGGUGGUAGCAUCAGAAAGAAGCUAGACUAUGAAAGCAACAGAUCUGGCUUCAAGUUCAACAGGGGUCGUUUGUCAUCUGAUUCAGCACAUAAAGGAUCUGGACAUUUCAUCAGUCGCUUUGAAACAGAGGUCGCUCCUGAUAGUAAAUUGCAGGAGAAGUCUAAAGAAGAGAGAUUGGUAGAGAUGGAUGAGGAUCAACAGUUUGCUCUGGCCAUGGAGCUCAGUCGCCAGGAUGAAGAGGCAAGACUGAAAAGAAAUUCAAUCAAAUGUGCUACUGAGGAGUUCACAGACGAGGAAUUGGCUAAAGCUCUGAAUGAUUCGAUGGAAGCAGAGGAAAGGACAGGGAAGCCCAAGGAUGAUGGUGAAGAGAGUGAUGAGGAUCUCCCUGUUGGGUUGAGUGAAGAUGUGGAGAUGAGUGACUUUGAGCAAGCGCUUCUAGAGAGCAAGAGAACUCGUCAGGAGGAGCUCAGGAGGCAGCUUACAGUCAACAGAGAAGGAGCGCUUAGACCGCUAACUAAUGAAGGCCUUCUAGGAGGUGCUAGGACACAGUUGGUUGAAACAUCCACUAAAUGCAAUUCUGAAAAGUGCAAUGUCAUGAGCAGUGUAGGUGAAUCUUACAGGAGAGAGAGUGAAGGAGAAGAUGAAAGAAGACGGCACGAUGGAGAGGGCGGUGGUGGGUUGCUUGGAGGAGCCAAGAGAUAUAAACAGCAGCCUUUAAUGUGUGCUAGAGAUGAGCCAAUGGACACUGAGGAUGACCAACCUAUUGCCUUUUCCCUGGAUAAUACUGAUGAAGAGGACCCAACACAACCCAGAAUGUGGGAUACUGACCCCGAUCAAACCACUAACAAAUUAAAAGAAUCUCAUUUCUUGUCGUCCAAGGAAUCCAGACCAUCUGAUGAAGAUGUGGAGUUUGUCAGCGAUGAUGCUCUUGAUCAGUCAGACAAGCUCAAUGCCAGGAGUGUGGAUCAUCAUGGGGCAAAGCAUAUUGAUUUAUCAAGUACACCUGACCAUAGAACUGAGAGUCUUGUCAAUGGCACCAGUCACCAAAGUGUCUCUUGCAGUAAAGUCAGAGUUACCACAGGUCCUCCUUUGCAGAGUAUUGCGAAGAGUGAAACCAAAGUGAAUCACGAUGAUGAAUCUCAUGAGGAAAAUGGGGCUGAUCUAUGGAAACCAUAUAAGAAAUUCAAAAAGAACAUCUUCCAACAAUUUUCACCCACAAAUGAAACUCCAGUGAGGGAAGAUGAGGAACGGAAGGAUGAUGAUAGUGCGCAUAGAGGGAGAGAAGAAGAAGAAAGGAGGAUGAGCUAUGACGAGAUGGAAGCCAAGGAGCAGGAGGAUAUUAGGAAGGCUACAGAAUUGAGCAUGCAAGGAGUGAAGGAGAUUUCUGAGAGAGAAGCAGCAGAAAUAUUGAGAGCACAAGAAAUGAGCCUUCAAGAUCUGCAUCAAAGACAGAGUAUAACUCCAGCUAGAUGUAGAGACAGAGGGGAAGAGUCCAAAUCAGUCUCUCCUGUUUAUACCAAGGAAGAAGCAGAAAAGCUCUCUAAACAUUCUGAGGCUGGUCACCUGAACAACGCCUAUCGUCUGGUCUCCAUUGUGAGUCACAUAGGGAGUACAUCCAUGAAUGGACACUACAUCAGUGAUGUCUAUGAUGUGGAGAAGAAAUGCUGGCUAAGUUACGAUGAUUCCACGGUGAUGAAGAGAGAUGAGAGAAGACUACGGGAGGAGAGAAGAAGAACGGGAUACAUCUUCUUCUAUCAUGCUAAAGAGUUUCUGUGAAUGAAACUGAAAACAAUUUGAGAAACUACCACUUGAUGGACAAGGCCUGAUAAUGGUGUGAAUUCACACUCCCAGGAAAUAUUUGCUAAAUGGAAAGGGAAACGUUGCACAACAGCAUGAAACAGUAAGAGAGAAAUAAGUGAGUUAGAAAACAAAGAGUAUAGUUUUACUGAUGCAUAGUUUAUCUUUCAACAGUAGUAUCCCAGCCGUGUUGGAAAGUGCCGUGUGGAAGAUACUAUUACACAUUUUGGCAUGGUUGUGAAAGUAGUGGAAGUGUUCAUCAAUCUCCCUUAGAAUAUAAGGAAAAACAUCCCUGAAGUUUCUAAGAAAUGUGAUUGACCUGGCACCCCUACUCACUCCCCCUGCCUCCCCAUCAAAGCCAUGAGAGGGCUGGUGACAUUCCCUUAACUUUGCACCAACCCCCAUUUUAUUUUACAAUCCUUCAUCUACACCUUGAUGUGUACUUUACAAAUCACCACGUACACAAUUCCCAUUGAACUUUUGAAACUUUUGACCAAAAGAGCUGUGUCCUGUUACUGCCAAGUGAGAAAGUGAGAAGUUUACUAGCUUUUCAUGAGAAUUUAAUAAAAAAUUUAACAUUUCCUUCAUCUGGCUGGUCUAUAUAACAAGUACAAGAAAGAUUGUGAAUUCAUAAAUUCAGACUUCAAUGAUGUCCAUGUUACCCAUUUUAAAGCCAUCUUUGAGUGGAAAGCCCAUCUACCGGUAGUUAUUUGAGUAUUUAUAUGUAGAACUCAUUGCAAUGCUUAUUCUCUUGAAGUGGGAGGAUAGAAAAUGGUACUCAUUAAAAAAUGUCUACAAGUCAACAUUCCAUAGAAUUGAUUGUUACAGAUUUAAAACUCAAACAUAGUAGGUUGCAUCUGUAAAUGUGUUACAGUUUCUGAAAAAUGUUUAGUGAAAGCAUGUUCUAAAA